CAGUUUAUCGCCCGCACACCACCUCAGAUUCACGGCGUCCUCUUCUUUCCGGAAGGGAAGACGCGCGGCGGCAUGGACGCCGGUCGCCGCGGGGCCUUACGGCGGCCGAUCUUAGCCGGCGACGAGGCCUCUGGUUCGGAAGCUCGGGUGCACGAGGCGGCCGGCCACUGCUCUGAUAAGGCGCUCAAAGUCAUCUUGUGCCUGCAGUUCCUGGAGGUCAGUGCUUUCUACGGGGUCUACCUGAGCCUGAUAGUGUAUCUCCAGGAUGUUCUCCAUGGAGACAGCGCUUCCAAUGUGGCGGCCGUCAGUUCAUGGGCUGGGGUGAGCUACCUCAUGCCCCUGCUCGGCGCCGCCGUCGCCGACUCCUACUGGGGAAAAUACAAGACCGUUUUGAUCGGCGUCUCCGUUUCCGUCGUCGGAAUGGCCAUGGUCACCACAUCAGCUACGCUGCCGUCUCUGAGGCCGCCGCCGUGCGUGGCCAGCGCGUACUGCACACCGGCGACGUUUAGCCAGGAGCUGGUCUUCUUUUCGGGCAUAUACCUGUGCGGCGUCGGGAUCGGCGCGUCCAAGGCUGUCUUCAUCUCGUUUGCCGCGGAGCAGUUGGACGACGACGACGAUGGCGACGGCAAGAACGCGUCGGGACGGGAGGCGAAGGCGUCCUACUUCAGCUGGUACUACGCGGUGGCCAACGUGGCCAUGCUGACCGCGGGGACACUGCUGGUCUGGGUCGAGGACAAGGUGAGCUGGGGGCUCGGCUACGGCAUCUGCGCGUCGUUCGUCGCGGUCGCCGUCGUCGGCCUCGCCGCGACGGCGCCCAUGUACCGGCUCGUGCCUCCGGCGGGCAGCCCGCUGAAAGGCGUGCUCCAAGUGCUCGUGGCGCUCUUUCGCAAGGUAAACCUGACGGUGCCUGAUGACGCCACUGAACUGUACGAGGAGGAGGAUGGUGUCAAGAACCCGUUGCCGCAUCCGCUGCACGAACGAUUGCACCACGCCGACCAGUUCAGGUGCUUGGACAAGGCUGCCGUUGUCACGGACCAGGACUUGGAAGACGGCAACCUGAGCCGGACAUGGAGGCUGUGCACGGUGACCCAGGUGGAGGAGCUCAAGACUCUGCUGCGGCUGAUCCCGAUAUGGCUCACCUCGGCCGUCUACUUCGUUGCCAACACGCAGGCGCAGACCACGUUCGUGCAGCAGGGCACCAAGACGGACUCGCACAUCGCGGGCGGCGCCGCCUCCGUCCCGGCCGCGUCGCUGACGUCCAUCGAGACGGUGCUCGUCGUCGCCUGCGUCACGCUCUACAACAGGGCCGUCGCGCCAUCCGUGGCGUUCACACCACUGCAGCUCAUGGGACUUGGGCACGCCACGGCGGCUGUCGCGGUGGCCGUGGCCGCGUGCACCGAGGCGCGCAGGCUGCGGAUGGCCGGGGACCAGGAGGCGGCUCAAAUGGGCAUAGCGUGGCUGCUGCCGCAGUACGUCGUGAUGGCGGUCUCGGACGCGUCGCUCUCCGUGGGGCAGCUGCAGUUCUUCUACGACCAGUCGCCGGAGACGAUGAGGGGCGCAUCCACGGCGUUCUACUUCCUAUCCAUCUCGCUCGGCAACCUGAUCAAUUCCCAGCUGGUGACGCUGGUGGCGUCCGUCACCUCGGCUGGGGGCAGGACGGGAUGGUUUCCACCGGAAUUAGAUAAUGGACAUCUAGACUACUACUUCUUGCUCCUUGUCGUCAUCACUUUGCUGAACUUCACCGUUUUUGUUGCCCUUGCUAAGAACUACACGCCCAAGAGGGUAAAAUAGUUGGAUCUCUUCGAUUCUUUUGUGUAAACUGCACAAACUGUAGGAUGAAAUCAGUGAGCCUGGAAAUGGAAUCGGUAUUAGUAGA